UGGAAGAUGUGUUUUGCCACACAGAAGCGGAGAGAGUCGCAGCAGUGACUGCAGCACUUCGAAGCACCCGUGGGUUUGACUCGGCAACGAUGGAGGAGAUUCGCCUGUACCGGUACCAGGAAGAAGUGGUUCGACCAGCUCUGGAGGGCAAGAACAUCAUUAUAUGGCUGCCGACGGGAGGGGGGAAGACCCGUGCUGCGGUUUACGUGACCAAGAGGCACCUGGAGACUAAGCCCGGGGCCAAGGUGGCGGUUCUAGUGAACAAGGUUCAUCUGGUGGACCAGCACUAUACGAAGGAGUUCAGCCCCUUCCUCGGGAGGGACUACAGAGUUGUGUCCAUCAGCGGUGACUCCAGCCAGAAGGACUUCUUUGGUUCGGUAGUUCAGGACAAUGACGUGGUCAUCUGCACCGCCCAGAUCCUGGAGAAUGCCAUGGAGAACAAGGAGGAGGGGAAGCAUGUCAAGCUCACAGACUUCACCUUGCUCAUCUUUGAUGAGUGUCACCACACGCACAAGGAAAGUGUUUACAACAAGAUCAUGGGCCACUACGUGGAGCGAAGGCUGGCAAGGGACAGGGACCUGCCACAGGUUUUGGGCCUCACAGCCUCCCCUGGAACUGGGGGAGCCAAGACGCUGGAGAAGGCCAAGGAGCACGUCCUGCAGAUCUGCGCCAACCUCGAUGCCUCGGCGAUCACGUCCUCCCGGGAACAUGCCGAGGAGCUGAGGCAGAAAGUGCCGAGGCCCAGGAAGGAGUAUGACAUCGUGGAGCAGAGAGUGGAGGAUCCCUUUGGAGAUCAUCUGAAGUGGAUGAUGAAACGGAUUCACGCCUUCAUGGACAUGGAGGAUAACUGCAAACCCUUUGGCACGCAGGAGUACGAGGCAGAGGUGGUGCUUUUGGAGAAGAGAGGGGUGAUGGAGACGAACCGGCUGCUGGCCCAGUGCGCGCUGCACCUGCGGAAGUACAACGAUGCUCUGCUGGUCAACGACACCGUGCGCAUGGUGGAUGCCCUCAGGCUCCUGGACAACUUCUACAGCAACCACAGGGAGAGCCGCACCGGCCUGGACGGCACUGACGUCUUCCUCUUUGGGCUGUUUGAGGAGAACAAGACUGAGCUGAAGACGCUGGCAGCCAUGUCCAGGUACGAGAACCCUAAGCUGGCCAAGCUGGAGAGCACCCUCCUGAAGCAGUUUGGAACGCAGGGCAUGUCUCGGGGGAUCCUGUUCUGCAAGACGCGCGUGAGCACCCAUUACCUGUACGACUGGGUGUUGGCCAGCCGCGUGCUGCAGAAGGCCGGCGUCAAGGCUGCCAUUCUCACCGGUGCGGGCAACCAGGCCAACCACAUGACCCAGAACGACCAGAAGCGGACCAUCCAGAGGUUCCGCGAGGGUGUCCUGAACCUGCUCGUCUCAACCAGCGUGGCCGAGGAGGGCCUGGACAUCCCAGAGUGCAACCUGGUGGUGCGCUACGGUCUGCUGACCAACGAGAUCGCCAUGCAGCAGGCCAGCGGCCGGGCCCGGGCCGAGAACAGCGUCUAUUCGGUGGUGGCCUUGAAGGAUGGACGCGAGCAGCGCCGGGAGAAGACCAACGAGUACCUGGAGGAGUUGACGCGCCAGGCAGUCAGCGAAGUGCAGCGCAUGGCGCCGCGGGAUUUCCAGCUCAAAAUCCGGGAGCUGCAGAGGGACGCUCUGGUCACCCGCCGGCUGGCUGAGCUGCGGUUGCAGGACAGGCGGAGGCGCUACCCCUCUGCGAGCGUCACGCUCAGCUGUCGCACCUGCAACAUCGCCGUUGCCUGCGGCAGCGACAUCCAGGUCAUCGAGAACACGCACUACGUCAACAUCAACCCCAACUUCAAGAUGUACUACCGGACUGGCGGUCAGGUGCAACUGACCAAGACGUUCGAGGAUUGGACUCCGGGCCGUAAAAUCAGCUGCGCCGAUUGCGGGAAGGAGUGGGGAAUGGAAAUGAUCUACAAAAACGUCACUCUGCCGAACCUGGCCAUUAAGAGCUUUGCCCUGGCGACGCCAGACAGCAGGGAGCCCGUGAAGAAGUGGAAAGACGUACAGUUCGCCAUCGAGGAGUUCGACUACUCCGAGUACUGCCUCAAAAAGUUCCCCGACCUCCUGUAAGGGGGGUCACCAUGGGGUCUCCUGUCCCUCCUGCUCCGUUCCUUUACGGCUCUUCCAGUUACGGUUUCCCGAGGAAAUCGCCGCUUUCAGUCAGCAUUCGUCUGGAGUCAUUUUUCUGUUACGUUGUGGGUUAGGGUUUUUGGGGAGCAAUACUUCCUUGGCAAACCGUGUCCCUUUUCUACCGUAGACCCUAUUAUGGCACUGUACUUUAUGAAUCACCUCUCUUCUGCAGAGGUUAGAGGAGCUCGUCGCUCAGUUACCACUGUCAGGAAAAUGUCCAUCUCCCAUUUUAAACGCAUCGUCUCCUGUUCUUGUUGAAUUCACUGCAUUAACUUUUUUUUUUUUUUUGCAUUAAGACAUCGCAAAGCAGUUUACAUUCCAGGCCAGGUAAAACAGAAUUCCAUGGGGCUGCGCUCAGUGUAAUGGUUUUACUUGACCGGUUUAGACCGUUGGUACUGUAGUUGCUCGUGUGUUCUGGUAUAUGAGAGGCUGAGACUGUUAUUUGUAGUUCAGUUCAUUGUUAUAAAUUGUUUUCCCUCCACAAAGUGAUGCAGAGCACUGAUGAAUAGAAUACAAAUACUAGCAGAAGUGUUGCUGAAGAAAACAAAGUAGAAAUAAACACUGAAGGCACUUUGCUACUGAUCUCUUCUGAAAUAGGCCAUUUGGCAACCGAGGAGAGGAAAAUAAAUAAA